GUCAAAUUGUGGAUUUCAAUUUAUCAUCGGACAGAUUUGAGACAGUGCACCUAGAUAUUGUAGGUCCGCUGCCGAUGGUCAAAGUUGCCGGAGAUCCGUAUUUCAAACCACAACGAUAUUUACUCACCUGUAUCGACAGAUCCACCAGAUGGAUUGAGGCCACGCCUUUACCUGACAUCACCGCCACAACCAUUGCUUCAGCCUUCAUCGAAACUUGGAUUUCCCGUUUUGGAGUACCUCUCCGUGUAGUCACGGACAGGGGUGCCCAGUUCGAAGCAGAACUCUUCGCUGAACUGGCAAAACUUGUAGGUUUCCAUCGUCUCAGAACAACAGCUUAUCACCCUCAAGCUAAUGGGAUGAUUGAACGGGCGCACCGAACCAUCAAAACAGCAAUGAUGGCCCGUAAAGAAGCUUGGCUUCAAGCACUACCAAUCGUCCUGCUUGGAAUACGCAGCUUGCCAAACGAGUCUGGAUUCUCUCCUUUUACCGCAGUUACAGGAGCUAACCUCCUGCUACCACGUCCACUAAUAACAGAAACCAACGAGGACUGCUCCAAAGAAACGACAACCAAACUCCAAGAAUUGAUGAGAUCAAUCGAUUUUCAGAGUUUAUCUGAAGGUCGUAGUCACACCUCUACAAAAUCAUACAUCCCCAAAGAUCUGCAAACCUGCACACACGUGUGGCUGCGCAUAGAUCGAGUAAGGAAGCCCCUCGAAGCACCAUACACCGGACCUCACCUUGUAGUGAAGAGAACUCCCAAAUAUUUUAUCAUUAAAACGGGCUCACUUGAACAAACGGUAUCCAUAGACCGACUCAAACCAGCGUAUUGUCAAGCACCUCAAGAUUCAAAGCUGAAACAAAACCCUUCAGUUGACCUGCCGAAGAAAACGGAGCAACCAUCAGCCUACCACCCGCCAGUGACCGAUACAGCUUCAGAACCAGAAAACCCGGAGCAGCCCGCUCCAGGAACCACUGCAGCUGACCCACCACAGCGAACAACCCGCUCGGGUCGUCGAGUCAAUUUCCGCCCUAAAGCCGAUUUUAUAUAUUAUUGAUCAUUAUGUCUCCGACAUCUGGCGGGGUACUACUGUAGUGUUAAGACAUUUUGCGACUUUCAUUUUGUAAUAAAAUUAUGAUUUACCUUUACCUUGGCAACACCGGUA